AUGACGAUCCGAGCCGGAGCUUGUCUACUUACCAUCGACGUACAUAUUCCUUGUAGCAGCGGGCAGUUGGACCUUCAUUCCAUCCUGUUCCUUUGUCACUUUGACCUGGCAGCCCAGCCUGCUCGUGUCUGUCAGGCCGAAAGCGAGGUCCAGCAUGUCGUUUUCAUCGUCGCACGGUUCUUCCAGCGAGUCGUAUACGUCGGGUUCGAGAAUGACGUGGCAGGUGGAACACGCUAUCGAGCCUUCGCAGGCUCCUUCGAGGUCAAUAUCGUAUUCGUGGGCGAUGGAGAGGAGAUCAUCCCCGUCAUUUGCGGAGACUGUUUUGAGCGGAGAGCCUUUGGGAUCGACAAAGUGAAUGAUUAUGCCUUCGCCGGGUGGCGGACGUGUGAUCCCUCCGUGUUGAGGGAAAGCUGUGGAGGACAAAAAACGUGCAGAUGGAAGCGGCGACAAUGCUGGGGCGAUUCGUCGAAAUGCAGGGGCGAAAGUGACGGGACGACGCAAAACCGAGCGUGUCCAGGCUGUGAGCGCCGUAAGUGCAAUCGUCAUCACUGA